ACGACCUACUCCUCCCCCACAUCGACCAAUCCACCCACCGCCGCGACCGACCUCCAUCCCACGCCGUGGCCGACCUACCUCCGGCCGCCGUGGCUAGCCGCCCUCCCCCGCCGCGGCCUACAGCCCUCCCUCACCGCGCCCAGCCUCCUCCCGCCGACGCGGUGAACCUUCCUCCCCCGCUAUGGCCAACCACCGUACCGCCGCCGUGCCAAGCCUCCUCCCGCUGCCACAGCCGGCCUCCAUCCCACGCCGGGGCCGACCUACCUCCGGCCGCCGCGGCCAGACUCCCUUCCCCGCCGCGGCCAGUCUCCUCCCGCUGAUGCGACCAGCCUCCCUCCCCCGCUACGGCCAACCUCCGUCCCGCCGCCACGCCAAGCCUCCUCCCACCACCGCGCCCAACCUUCCUCCCUCCGCUGCUGGUCCACAUGGGCUCCACCUCCCGCCGCCUCGGUACCAAUCGCCUCCGACCUUCGUUAUCGUCGUCGUGGAAGACGACCACCAACCACAGGCCGCACCUCCUGGACAGGGUCCCCUCGCCCACGGCCGGCUCAAUAUCCGGUGAGGCGCUCCACCCUCCUUCUGUGCCUCCUUCACAUGAAGCUCCACGCCACCGCCGUGGUCCACCACAUACAACCGACGCUGCGGCAGCAACCCCCCACCACUGUGUUGCCGAUGUGUGCAACCACGUCCAGACGCCCGCUGGAUGUGGGCACAAAGGUAGGGCCACGCCGAGGGAGCUCGAGCUCCACCCCGCGCAGCCGCUUCCCCUGCAGGUUGUACACCCCACCGACCACACAAUCUUCUUCUCCUCCUCUAUUCUCUUGCCUCUUUGCUUCUGUAGUUCAAGAUGUUUUAAAAAGGUUGUAGUAGAAAAACAAAAAGCAGAAGUUCAAUGAUGAAAUUUGAAGAAGGAAAUAUGCAACAAUCAAAGAAGUGCGGUCUCAUUACAGAGAAGGAGAACGCCUUGCAGUCCAGCCGAGUUGACUCCUGCCAUCGGCACUGCAUAAUUAUCACUAGAUGCCCAUGUCCACCGGCGCUGGAUAAUUAGCACUGAACGACUUGCAAUCCAGAAGAAAGUUGCGCCCAUAACCCGUGGAGUUCUAUCACGUUGUGUAGUUGGUCGUGAUGUCUCCUCGAGCUUCAAUUUUAUGACCCUGGUGCAUUUUCUUCAUUUUUGAUGUGCCAUUUGAUGCAUAAAUUAUCACUGGAUGCCCAUGGUGUGUGCACAGUAUGUGUUUUUGUUAGUUCCCCACGGGUUCCUUCAUGUACUAAAUGGUGAUGGGAUAGAGAGAUCCAUUAUUCAUUUGUAUAGAAGUUCAAAUUUAAAUAAACUAGAGGUUCAAUGUUUAUGAAAGCUACUUUAGUAAUUCUUUA